AUGGACUUUCCUACCCUCGUCAUCGAGGAUGUCGUCCGCAUGGAAGGAGAUGAAGAUGGUCAUGAUCUGAUCCCAGUCAACAAAGUAUGGGUCGAAAUCAUUGACAAGCUCAAUGGCCUCGCCGCCUCACGUGGAAAACGUCCACUCGCAGCACGACAUGCUCUGGUCGGAGAGGGUGUCAACAAAUACGGCGCCGUCUCUCGUUGGACCGCUCUCACCCACCCUGGACUCGUCACACCUAUGAUCAAAGACUUUGUCGAAAACACCACUACCUCUUCCCUGUUUACCAACACUGAGAGUCCCCUUGGCCGCUGUCAACCCCGCGAGCCCGAAUAUCCUCCCGACUUUGGCGACAUUCUGGAUAUUCUACAAGAGUCUUCCGCAGCAUCAAGCAGUCAGGCGGAGACCAAGACGUGGGCGGAUCUGGUCAGUGAGAUGCAGCAGGGUGAGGCGUCGGCGGUACAAGUGGAAGUCGAGGAAUAG